CCAACUCCAACAAUCGCCACCGCACCACCUCGCAGGUCCGGAGCUCCCCGACUCUCUCCUCUCUCUCUCUCUCUCUCUCCUCUCACUGGCCAUUUCAAUAGCAUCAAAAGCAAUUCCUUCGCCAAUCCCUCUGCGAUUCGUAGGGAUACCACACAGGCGGCGAAGAUGACGGAGGCGAUGAUAAGGAAGAAGCCGGGCAUGGUGAGCGUGAAGGACAUGCCCGUCCUUCAAGACGGCCCGCCGCCGGGUGGGUUCGCUCCGGUCCGGUACGCCCGCCGGAUCCCCAACACCGGCCCCAGCGCCACGGCCAUCUUCUUGGCCGCCUUCGGCGCCUUCUCUUGGGGCAUGUACCAGGUCGGCCAGGGCAACAAGAUCCGCAGGGCACUGAAGGAAGAAAAAUAUGCUGCGCGGAGAGCCAUAUUACCUGUGCUGCAAGCUGAAGAGGACGAAAGAUUUGUCAAAGAGUGGAAAAAGUAUCUUGAGUAUGAGGCUGAAGUCAUGAAGGAUGUUCCUGGUUGGAAAGUCGGUGAGAGUGUCUACCACUCUGGGCGGUGGGUGCCCCCAUCAACUGGUGAGCUGCGCCUGAUGUUUGGUGAUCUCGUCGCGUGUGGCCGCUUGUCAGUUGUCAUGAAGUCAUCUGUUCUCCGCAGUGCGACUUUUCUAGUGAUCUGCUUAUUUUGCUGGCUCACAAAUAAAUAAAAAUUUGUCUUGGUACCUUGUACUUGGACCCUGACCAGAGUUGAUCAUCCUAUUCCUUCAUGUUAUUGUCUUUGCGAAAGUUUGAAGGAAAAUCUGAAGCACCUUCCCAUUAGCGUUUUUCUACUUAAUGUUUGGGAGGACCUGACUGUAUCAUUGGUUCUGAUCUUUUGCUCAUAAUGGAGCUGAAACUUUAUGGAGAUUGGACUCUCAGUUGCGGCUCAUUCUAAAGCA